AAAACUGGUGAGACAUAAGGAAAAACUAUUACUCUCCUCUUCGCUUAUAUAUAUAUAUAUAGAGAGAGAGAGAAAAAAACUUUGGUUUCUCUACAUCCGUUUGGCAAAUUCAACCUCAACCGGGAGAACUGAGCUCUCUCUUCAAAGAGGCUUUGUUUCCAACGUGGGUUUUUGACGUUUCGAGCUCUGCCAUGGAGAUGGAAUCAGUUCAUCUGGAUCAUGAUGGUAAUUGCAUUGAAGAAACAUCUGAUAAGCAGUUAUUUCCUCCAAGCUCUCCAGAUAGAAUUGAUAUAUUUGGAGAUCCACAGGUGAAUACAAGGGUUGGUGAUGAUUACCAAGCAGAAAUUCCUUCCUUGAUGACAGAAUUUAAGCGUCUUCAGCUUCUAAUGAACCCUGCUGAUUCAGGAGUUGUGGUUGAUGUGUCCCAGUUCUUUUUAAUGGGUUUACCCAUCCCAAUCAUAUGGGUCCAGGAAGUGGAUGGCAUUGAAAAUGAAACACGGGGAUUUCUUAAUAAUCAUGAUGAGGCAGUUAACCCAAAUGUUGAAUUGAGAAGCAGAACAAAGAUACGUAUUAAGUUGAAGAGGAAAGGUUCAGCAAUCAAUCUUGAACCCUUGGCUGUUGGGUUGGACCAUGAAAAGGAAUUAAGAACUGCAAAUGUUGGAAAUAUUGUGGCAGGGAAAACAAGCUUAGCUGGACUACAUAAAAGCAAAAGAUACUGUCCAGUUCCAGGUUGUAAAUGUGACCCCUGGAGUGAUGCUGAAGUGAAGAGUUUCAUCCUUGGUUUAUAUAUAUUUGGGAAGAAUUUCGUUUCAAUCAAGAGGUUUCUAGAGAACAAAGAGAUGGGGGAAAUACUGUCAUUCUACUAUGGGGAAUUUUAUAGGACUGAUCACUACCGUAGAUGGUCAGACUCCAGGAAGGUCAGAAGUAGGAAAUGUAUAACAGGACGGAAAGUAUUUUCAGGAUGGAGGCUACAGGAGUUGGUAUCUCGUUUGCUUCCCAAUGUCCCAGAGGAAUUUCAAAGUACUUUGCUGGAGGGAUCUAAGUCAUUUGCAGAGGGAAGAACUUCACUAGAAGAAUAUGUAUCCUCUUUGAAGUCAACUGUUGGCAUUCACGUUCUUGUGGAAGCUGUUGGCAUUGGUAAGGGUAAGGAUGAUCUCACGGGACUUGCCAUGGAGCCUGGAAAGACGAAUCAAACAUUUCAAGUUUGUCCUAACCUACCAACUGGCAAAGCUUGCUCCUCUCUUACACCAAGUGACAUAAUAAAGUUCUUGACUGGAGGCUUCCGGUUGAGCAAAGCCCGGUGUAAUGAUAUUUUCUGGGAAGCCGUUUGGCCCCGUUUGCUCGCAAGAGGAUGGCAUUCCGAGCAACCUAAGAAUCAGGGUUAUGUGAGUUCUAAACAUUACCUGGUUUUUCUUAUUCCUGGUGUUAAGAAGUUCUCAAGGAGGAAACUUGUGAAGGGUGACCACUACUUUGAUUCUGUCAGAGAUGUUUUGAGCAAAGUGGCAUUUGAACCAAAACUACUUGAGCUUGAAGCUGAAGGAGCUACACUCCAGAGCUGCAAUGAGAAUGGGUGGGUUCCAGAAGUGACAUCAGACCCAGAUGAUCCAUCCAAUCAUCAGCGCCAUUGUUACCUUAAACCCCGAGUUACUUCUUGCAAUCCAAAUCUUAUGAAGUUCACAGUUGUUGAUACUAGUUCAGUCCAUGGGGGAAAAUUAUCUAAUGUGAGAGAACUGAGAUGUUUACCAGUUGAAUCUACAAUUACUUCCAAUCUCUCCAAUCAUUUGAAAGAUAAUGAAGGGAAAUUCUUUAAGAAUUCACUGGAUGAGUUUAAGUUAUAUGCUUCUGAUAGGCCAAUGAAUGUUGAAAAGAACACAAACAAGCUCAACCACAGUACGGGCACAUUUGAUACAAGUGGUCCAAAUGGUUUGAAGUUCACUGUUGUUGAUACCAGUUUGCGCCAUGGAGAAAAAUCAUCCAAGGUGAGAGAAACUAGAUAUUUGCCAGUUGAACUUAAAAGUACUUCCAAGCUUACUAGUCUUUUGAGAGAAACUGAAGGGACCUCCUCCGAGGAUUCACUGGGUGAGCACGAGCUGGAUGCCGCUGACAUUUUGUUGGACAGGGAAAAGAAUAUUAUAUCUGAUAGUGAUGACACAAACCAAAAGGAAAUAAUUAAUAACUCAGAUUCUACUGCAAACAAAAUCAUGGAGGGCCACCAGGAUGAGAAGGCCACUAAGUCUGAUGACAGGCAACUGAAGAUGACUAUCAAGCACCAGUUUAGUCGGAGAGUAAAAUCUGGCCAUUCAAAUUAUGAAGCUCCUGUCAGCAAAAGGCGAAAAUUAACUGUUUGUGCUAAGGGAAAGAGAGACCGCAUUGUUAAGGACUUCUCGGAAGGCUUGGAAUCGAAGGAAGCGGGACUUUUUAUGGCAUUAAACUCACCAGAUGCAGGCAAGAAUGUCAGUUCUCAAGUGGUUCCUCAAGGGAAAGUAUCAAUUAUUUCUUCAUCUAAAGGCAGUCCAGAUGAGGAGAGUGGGGGAGGCAUUCUCAUUGGAAAUUCCUCUGGCAUGGACUUGUCCUAUGGGGAAAAUGAGAAACAUCAACCCCCGCCAUCACUUGACCUGAACCUAACCCAGGUUCCACUGAAGUCUGAAGAAACGGGUGACGUGUUAAUAAUGGAGGUCAAAGACAACCAGGUUAUAAAUGGAGACGGUUCAUGCUCUCCAUCUAAUAAAAUGGAUCUGGUUCCUGACACAUUGAGAACCUCUAUAGAUGCGGGCACUGCUGAACAGCAGCCUAAUAUGAACCCCAGGAGGCAAAGCACAAGAAACCGACCACCGACCAUCAGAGCAUUGGAAGCUCUUGCAAAUGGGUUCUUAUGCGUCCAAAAGAGGCAAAAGAGCACAGAAGUUCAUACACGAGAAAAUCCAUUCUCUAGUCCUUCCCGCAAGGCCCGAAGCAGGAUCAAAGUAAAUUCAAAUCGUGGUAGCACUAGUACUAAGACUAUAGAAAAGGAGGAAAAAGAGGUGAAUGAAGCCUGUAAUCCUAACAAAGGAGUUAACAAAACUCUUGAUCCUAGUGAAAAAGAUUGGCUCACUAGCUACUAGGAUUUCAAAAGCCACCUGUCGUCCUAAAGUUUUUGAAGACCAUCUGGUGAGGUGUGUUUUUCGCAUUUUGACUUGAAAAUGGUUCUUAAUUGCUCUGAAACGACCACUGGAGCAGUCACAGUAUCUUUGGGGAGGGACUCUUGCUACAUUUACUGCCCCGAACUGGAGAAAUUUUAGUCCAUUGGAUGCUGUACCAAUUAGCCAGGAGACUGCAUCUUCACUUGUUUGGAGUCUUAAUCUACAUUCGUAUGAAACUAACCAGUCACUAAUCAUGGUGCACCAGGUCACAGUGCAGACCACCCUUUAACCAAAAAGCUGAGGGUUUUCUUGGCAAUUUGCUAUGGUCAAUGACAGCAGUAGAGGAGGUGAAUUUGCUAUGCAACACAUACAAAAAUAUCUGGUAGGCUGCCAAACAAAUGGCAGAUGUGUUGCUUGUAGUAUUUGGAAUGCAAGCAAAUUGUCAAAGUUUUAUGGAUAACUGGGGUGCUUUGGGAAGGCUAUUUGGAUCAUUACUCAAUGUGGAGGUUGAAUGAAUAGCACACUGGGCAAUGGCUGUUAUAACGGAUACUCUUGCCAAAAUAGGGAGCUAUAGAAGGCUAUUUCUGCCCCUUGCAGAUCAAGUUUCUGUGUGUCUGCUCAGUUGAGCAUGUUCAUGUGCUCAAUGGAGUAGUGUUAUGAAUAAUAAACUCUUCUUCUGAUGUCUUAAGAAGUUCACAUUGUAAGCAACUAAAUUUUCUUUGUAAUUUUAUUGUUUUAACUGGACACAUUCAGUCCGAUCUUAUGCUUAGUUGAAAAAAAUAAUUCAAGAUA